AUACACGGACGAUCGAUAUACCUUCCUAUCUUUGAAGUAUGUAAUCGUGCAAGCUAUACGUGUUUAUGGAUGUUUCAAUAGUUGACAGCUGUCAGUCGCACAUAGGUUGGUAGUGAGUCACGGCAUUGACAGUGGAACUAGGUGAAGACCACUCACCUCGACAGUUAAUAGCGGUUCAUGCCUUGUGACUUUCCUUUAGACAUAUCUGUCCAAGCACUCGCUUUUCGGCCUCCAAGUUUUGUGCUGGUCCAACAUAGGUAUCACGCAUCAUCACCUACCUUUUUGUUCAGAUGUCCAGGUAUUUUUUCGAUAUAACCGGCAUGGCGUCCAGUUCAGUCAGCCAGGAGGAUUUUGACAAUGAUUUUGAGCUCACAUCCAGGAGGUCCAGGAUCAGGACAGCAAGGGCAAGGGUUGUUCCACCUAGAACAGGAGAUUCAUCUUCCAUCAAUUUUCAAAAGAGUGCACAGAAUGUGGAAGAAUCCCAAGGAGUAUGCGACACCAGUUCCAACAGUGUGCUUCCACCUGAUCAUGAGAACCAGCAGAACAAACCUAUAAUGAGGAAACAGGACAAACGGGUAACAGGACGUGUCUAUAGUGUCGUAUCCUGUUUGCACAGGCCAACGCAUAUAAACAAGGGAAAACAGCAACGCGAUCGACGGAAACUUCGAGAAAAGAGACGAAGUACAGGAGUGGUACAUUUGCCAUCGACGGAGAGUACAGGAGGUAGUACAGGAGAAGACGAGGAAGAUCUUAGUGGCACUUGUCUUGAAACUAAACACAACACACAUCACAAUGAGUUCCUUGAUCAUGAACUCAUCGAAGAACGGACAGCAAAAAUCUUUACACAAAGGCGAAACAAAAGGCAUUACCGUACUUCCUACAGGUCAUGUAUAAAUAGACACAGUUGCCAUUCCGACUUGGAAGCAGACGACGAAGAAUUUGAUUCUCUGAAUCAAUCCGACAGUGUCAAUCAAUCAGACCAUGGAAACCAUGAACCGCAAACAUCUGUUAAUGCCGCUAAUAAACCAAGACUGCCUACGCCAACCGGAGACAGUCCACAUGAAUUGAUAGAACGGGCGCAGGAAGAAAAUAAAAGGCUACUGUCCCUUCUAGAGGAUCGGGAUCACAAGAUAAUGGCUCUCGAGGCCCGUCUUCUUCAACAACAACGCGAAAUGGCCAUAGAACGGGAACGACUUCGGGAGGAGAAUGCCGCGUUAAUUCGUGCUAUGGCAGCACUGGCGAGUAAUUAAUUUUCCUUCAUACGAGACAGUCUGAUCUAUCUAAUUUUUAUCGAUCGAUCUUAGAAUGCAUGGGUCAGCGGUUUUAAAAUUGCUAUACGUAUAUAUACUAAUAGUUUAUAAUUAAUUGUGAAUUUACUUGUUAAUAAUAGCCAAGAGAGAUAGUGAAACGAUUUAAAAAUAAAGGAAAAACGAUUAUUAAUCAUUUAAGCUGCAAGAGAAUCAGGGUAAGUUAAGCAGUAAAUACUACAGCCAAUUGUAUCACUUUUUUUUUGCAAGAAACAAUAGAUCAUCAUACAAAUUCUAAACAAAUAAUCAUACUUUAUCGGCUUCUACUAUAGAGCUUGAUUUACAUGAGUUUAAUUGCAUAGCGUAAAGAAACAUUGUUUUGCGCCGUUAUAUUAGUCGAAAUCUAAUCUCGGGCGAUAAAUUCUGGCAAGUAUCUUUUUCCAAUGAAAAUAGAAAGGUGCUCCAGUUUGUUAUAUCGUUGUUAUUAGACGAGAAAAUGAAUAAGGUAAAUAUUGAUAUAAAAUUAUACUUGACGUGAUUUUAAACCCUUUCGGAUAUUGUCUGUGCAAUGGAUGCAAUUAUAAACUACAUCGUCUAUUUUAUACUUUAAUUGCAAACGAGGUAUAGGAUAGGACAAACACUUUUAAAGCCUCGUCUGUGCCAAUGGUUUUGUUGCAUAAAUUUCCGAUAAUAAAUGCGGGGAAAUCAACGUCACAGACGAGAUUCUAUGCGCGAUGUUGUUACUGUAUCGUCAGUACACUAUUGGACCCCGAAAAGCGAAUACAAGUGACUGAAUCCAUUCUGAUUUAUACCGAAAUCUUAUAUUAUUUCGUAUCAGACAUCAGGUUAUAUAUUUUUGUUCGAUUAUUUUAUAUUUAUACUAUCUUGAACAAAUAUUGUUAGUAAAUAUGAAAAAUAUAGGAAAACAUGUUUGCAAAUUAUGAAUAAAGAUUAUUUACUAUAUUCUGUUGAUCUAAUACAUAAAAUUGUAAAUUUAUGUUUAGCAUCAAUGUUAGAAAUAUUUUAUACUGAUCUAUGAGAAGUGAAUAUUGCCUAAAAAUAGUACUUAUAUUUAAAAAAAGGAGCAUACUAUUAUAUGCAGUGUCUCAGAAAGUUGUACAAUACGAAAAAUUGUAGAUUCUUCAUAUCAAACGAAAUUGAUAAGUCUUUUACCAUUUUGCAAACUAUGGUUUUCGUUUUAUGAGGUAUAAGUGAUUGAAAAUUUGAUAUGUUGUGUGAACCAUUUAUAUCGGAAAACAGAUACCUAAUUUUCAAGCGCAAUAAAUCCUACCAAGGAUACCUUUACACAUUAUUGUUUAUAACAUUCCUAAUUUGGUAAAUCUUUAUAUUUUGAUUUGUUCCAUUAAUUUAAAUUUCAUUAUUAAUAUGAAACAUUAUACGAAAGUCGUAUGUCUAAGAGUUCGAACGGGAACGAAUGCGUCUUUUUUGUGUUCCGUCGAGACUCAUUUGUUGUUUUAAUUUGUUUCUAUCCCUUGAUAUUGUUUAUAAGAGUGAGAUGUGUGAGAAACUAUGCUGAAAUAAAUCUUUAAAUUCUUUUUCAUACGAUGCUUUUAAUGAAUAAAGGAAGCUGUUUUUACAAUGUACAAUUUUUAAUGAUAAUUAUUUACUUAUGAGUAGUAUGUAUCGCAAUAAACAAAUAUGCUAUUAAA